CUGCCACUUUGAAGCAACCCAUGAUCUAGUCCCUCAGGAUAUAUUGCUGGUUGCCAUUUUUCCCUAUCUAUCUUUCCUCUACAGGAGGCCUGCUGGGCAUCAUCAAGAAACCACAGCUAGAGCCAACAUUGACAUCUGAACCCCACUCUCUCACCACAAAGCGGUGCGUGAUUGUACCACAGGUGAAAGCAACACUGAAAGUGGUAGAAGUCAGGAAGAUGAGCUGUGCAGAGUCUCCUAAGUCACAACAUAAGCGCUCUGGGGUUUACUUUGCCACUGGACUCCAGGAAGAAGAAAGGCGUGCUGUGCACAAACGCAGUUUCAAGGUGUUGGAGGGUCUAAAAAAGCUGAACAUCCAAGCAGACCAGGCUCCAGUCAUUGCUGUCCUGGGCUCUGGUGGGGGGCUUCGAGCCCAUAUCGCUUGUCUUGGGGUGCUGAGUGCUAUGAAAGAACUUGGCCUGUUGGAUGCUGUCACAUACCUCGCAGGGGUUUCUGGAUCCACUUGGGCACUGUCUUCAUUCUAUACCAAGAAUGGAAAUAUGCAAGGGAUAGAAGAGGAGCUGAAACAUCGGUAUGAGAAGAAUGAGUGGCACUUUGAUGAGAGCCUGGACAAAGCCAUCCAGGCAUCAAGGAGGGAGAAUUAUUCCCUGACUGACUUUUGGGCCUAUUUGGUUGUUUCAAGGCAAACCAGAGAGCUUCAUGAUUCAAAUUUGUCCAGCUUCAAGAAGCAAGUGGAAGAAGGAGUGUUGCCCUAUCCCAUCUUUGCAGCCAUUGAUGAUGACCUUCAGGAUGAUUGGAGGGAGAAAAAAGUUCAAAAUUCCUGGUUUGAAUUCACUCCUCAUCAUGCUGGAUAUCCUGCACUUAGGGCUUAUGUCCCAAUCACAGAGUUUGGAAGCAGAUUUGAAAAUGGAAAACUGGUUAGACCUGAGCCUGAGAGAGACCUGACUUUCCUGAGAGGUUUAUGGGGAAGUGCCCUUGCUGAUAUUAAAGAAGAUAAGGCAUUUAUUAGGGACUAUUUCAAGGACAUGCAUGAAAAACUGAAGAAAAAAUACCUGCAUAGAGGAGGGGCUAAAACAGUGACAUACUCAAAUGCAGAACAAAUGGAUGUGGAUGAAAUGUUCUUGGAUUUACUGAUGGCUUAUGCCAUAGAUCAGGAUGACCCUAGCAUCAAGGAUAAGCUCUGUGUCAUGCAGCAGGCCCUGGGUCCUGAGACAGGUGAGUUUGGCAAAGAGAUGGCUGAGAUCAUCCAGAAUUGGAAUGAGAUUUCCCCAGAGAAGAAGGAGCAAUUUCUGGACUAUCUGUUGGAUUACUUGAAGAAGCCACAAGAGCCCAUCACAUACAGCUUGAGGAGUAUCGGGAACUGGAUUGGGGAUUUAUUCUAUGAUGCUCUAACUUUUGUGAGAAAAACUGGAAUGUGCCUUUGGGAGUGGCAGUGGGGAACAGUUUACAACUUCCUUUAUAAACACGGUAAUAUUGCAGAUGAGACCAUGUGCAACCGGGAGUUUCUCCAUCUGGUGGACGCUGGUCUUGCCAUCAACACUCCGUACCCACUUAUUCUGACUCCUGUGCGUGAAGCUCAUCUCAUCCUCUCAUUUGACUUCAGUGCUGGAGACCCAUUUGAGACCAUCAGGGUCACAGCAGACUACUGUCACCAGCAUAAAAUCCCUUUUCCUGAAGUGAGUGAAGAUCAGCUGAAGGAGUUGGCCAAAUCCCCGAAGAGCUGCUACAUCCUCAGAGGGGAAACAGGACCUGUUGUCAUGCACUUUCCUCUCUUCAACAAAGACAACUGUGGAGAUGACAUUGAGACUUGGAGAAAAAAAUAUAAGACAAUGAAACUAUCUGAUUCAUACACUCCGAGCAUGGUGACAGAUUUGCUGAGGGUAUCUAAGGAGAAUGUGCAGAAAAACAAAGAAAAAAUUGUCAAUGAAAUGAGGGAAGUCACUGGGAAACAUGGGAACUUCCUAAGGGUGAACAAGUCAGCCUACUUCGGAGACAGAGUACAGGAUAUUCAACAACACAGACAUGACCUUUAAGGAUCCUUUGCACUACUUGCAGAGAACCACCCCCUGUGCUCUCUCCAAAAUCCACCAUUAGCUGUCUCUCUGUGAAGAAGUACUGUAGCUUCCAGGGCACUGUGUGUACUGUUUUACAAGGGCCCAAGUGUCCACCUGGCUUGAUGUUCUCUGUUCCCUUCAACUAUGCCACUGAUAAAAUUGCAUUUUCUUUAGCGAUUAUAACUGAACCAAUGUCCAGAGACCUGCAGAGAAAGUCUUUGACAACAUCAUUCAGGACAAUGAGUUACCAGAGCUAAAGGUGGCAAAGUGUUUUGUUCAUAAGCCACAGGGUACCCUAAUGCUAGAACACAACUCAGUGAUCACCAAAGUCAACCAUGUGGCUAAAAUGAAUGUACUGAUUGAAACCAAAACAUCUUAAAUUUGUCUCUCAUUCUAUAUCAACUCAUUUUAUACCCCAAGUCUUAACCAGUUUUGUGCUGUUAAUGGAGAGCCCUUAGCAUAAAUUAUGGCCCGUCUAUUCAGGGCAAUAAAAAAAUCCAAAUAACUCCGAGAAGGCUUGUUCUGUAAGUGCUUGCUUCCUUACCAACAGAUUGAUGAUGCAAUUAUUAGUUCUUCACCAUCUCCUGUAUCCUCUGUCACCUUGAUGCAUCCUUUAUUUCUCUGCUUCCCACCAUGCUGUUGUGGCUUGUGUUCUCUCUCAAGAUCUUCCCUUCAAUGUAUUUCAGGUAGCUAUUCACCUUGCCUGUCUCAUCUGCUGCCUCAGUGCCUUCUUCCUGCUAGUCUGCCUUGUUCCCUUUCCAUCCUUUCAUCUGUAUCUCAAUGGUCAGUCUUAAAGGAUCUUUUCUGAUUUGGGUCUCACUUCCACAAUCUAAGAACACAGUAAAGUUCCCUCAUUCAAGUUCCUCACUUUAUUCAUCUGUAGAAUAGGUUUGCAUUGGGCCUAUGCUCUGGUCCCAAGACCUUAGUCCUGCUCUGGUGCAGAGAAAGUUUUCAAGAGGCAUUACUAAUUUUUCCCCAAGCAAAUGCAGGUUUAUUUUUGUUAAAACAUACUGUUUUUAGAUGACUUUCCAGAUAAGGAUGUUUAUCAUGGCAUUUUAUACACAUAGAUAAUUGAUCUUUGUUUAUAUUUGUUUCCAUUACCUCCUUUUGGCCUUCUUUCUUUCCCCUGUGGGUCUUCUUCCUCCUUUCAAAUAAUCUCCUCUUCCUCUUGUUUGUGUGCACAGAUUGAUAUUUGUGCACAAAUACAAAUUAAAUAUUCAUCUUUUUCAUCUCCCAAUGUCCUUCUUGUUCUCCAACUCUUUGGACCUCUUUACCUCCAAGAAAUUACCCUUUUUGUAGUUUCAUGACAGGUACAAUACAUUAAGGUGGAUAUGAGAAAGACAGAUAAAUAGGUAACAAAGAGAUGGUAGAUACAAUGUAAUCAGAGAAGAUAGAUAAUAAUAAAUUGAUCAUAGAUAUAAUGUCGAUAGAUAAGAUGAACAAUGAAUAAAUGACAGAAAAAAGAUAUUGUGAAGAUAGAUACCUGCUACACUUAUGAAACAAACAUGAUACUUGGUUUUUGGGGUUGGUUUAUUUUGUUUAACAUGAUGUGAUCCAGGUCUAUCCAUUUUUCUACAGUGUAAUUUUACUUUUCUUGAUGACUCAAUAAACAUUAAAGACUGC